GAUAACCAGAGCUUGAGAUAAUCAAACACAGUGAUGAUGAAGAAACAGAAAUUAGAAAGUGUGGUUCACUUGGCAAAGAAACACUCUUCUCAUAGGCACAGUUUUGCUCAUCACUACUUUGGAUAUGAAACUAUAAGCACAAACAUGGGAUUGUCAGAGCAUGUGGCUGCCACAGUAAGCACACUGCACAGAAGGAGAGGAUCUUCUUACAAAACAGAAAAGGAAUUACUAGAUGCAAGCACACCUGAGGGAAAAGUAAACAGUGCUGGAGAAGAGAACCUGAAUCUUAGGAUAAAGGAGCUGGAAAAGUCAGAGCAAAGCCUGAAAGGUGUUCUAGAGGACUACGUGGAGUCAGAUUCUAUCCUAAGACAUAGGAUGAAAGAGCUGGAGCUGUCACACGAAAAACUUCUUGUGAUGAUUGAUCAGCUCAAUGAGAAGUUACAAAAGGUUGAAAAUGCCAAUGUGCGUGUUAAAGGGAAGCUGCGAGACAUUCAGGAAGAUCUGAUCAACUUGGUUGAAAACCAAAAAAAGUCAGAGAAGAAGCAAAAGGAAAAAUUGUGUUGUCUUCAGGAGCAGCUGAAGACAAAAGAAGAAGAAAUAAAAAGCCAAUCAGAAUAUUUUGAGCACUACAAACAAAGGCAGAGACAACAGACAGCAGUACUGAGAAAGAGAGAAUGUUACCUUCAGGGUGAGGUAUCUAGGCUGGAAAAGCAAGUCCUAGAUCUUAGUGGCCAUGUUGCUCUUUUGACAUCCAAAAUAGAGGAGGGAAUGGUGCAGCAUCUCCAGCAGGUGCUGGAAUCAGCAUUCAGUGGGACUCAGGGUUAUAAACACCCUGACAUGGAAGUAGUGGAAUUGAAAACUUGUAUUGAAAAUAUGGAGCAUGAUGUGAAAAGCCACGCUGAGGCAUUUCAGCAAAAUCUGAAGUUCCUAAGGGAAAAAGAAGAGGACAACAGAAGAGAACAGGGACUCCUGCUGACUGAACUGCAGUGCUCUCAGGACAAUGAAAACUUCCUCAGAACAAAACUGGAAGAAUCUCACCAUCAUGUCUAUAGUUUGAAAUUAUCUGAAAUCAAACUACAGGAAAAAAUGGAAGAGCUUUUGGAUGAAAACAGAGCUUUAAAAGAUCAAGGUAGAGUGAAGUUGAAAAAGAAGAAAGAAAAAGACUCACAACUUGCAAGAUUGGAGAAUGGAGACAACAGUGUUGACCUGCUAUGUCAACUGAACGGAGAUCUAAUUCAGGAUGAAGUUCAGAAUCUUAAAUGGAGACCAGUCUUGGAUUCACUCAGAAGCAGAGCUACUCAAACUCCAGUUGUGCUGCUACAUGCUAGAGAGUCUGAAACACCGGGAUGUAGUCAUGAUGGACUAAAGCAGAUGGAGGAGCUACCAGAAGAACCUGCACCAGUCUGUGAAGGCAAAUCCAGUGUCUUUGUGAAAUUUGCUAGUCUAGCUGAGGCUGAGCAGGUCACCCUUGGAACAGAGAAGGCAGGAACUCUAGAAAAUAGUUUCACUUUGUUUGGGUGUACCCCAAUUUGUCAUGCAGCAGAACUACUUUCUCCUUACUCUGAGAAAUUAUCUGAUGGUGAGACAACUAAGAAAACCCAAGGUGAAGAGACCAUUUUUCUCUUGAAGGAACAAGCUGUAAUUCUACCAGCAAAGACAUUCCCUGCUUCUGUGGUUGAAGCCUUGAUGAGGAAGAAGCUCCAGCUUACUUUGUUCAAACCUGAAAGCUGCCACACAUCAGCUGUCACCACUGUGAAAAAAGUGAGAAGUGUGAGUUUCUGUGAGGCAAACACUAAUCUUUGGUCUUCUGGCUUCUGCAUUGUUGUAGAAGGGGGAUUUUAUGACAAAGUUCCUGCCCUUCUUCAUGGAACGUUGCCUUCCACUUUGACUGAAAUUUUCACGUCAUGUCUAGAAAAAUACAUGGAAAAACAUUGGGAAAACAAGCAAAUUCUGCCAAAAAGCCUAAGUGAAAGUAGAUGUCUGGAUAAAGUUGUUGAUGAUGAAAAGUAUCACCAAAAAAUCUCUAGAGAGAGAGCUAAAGGAGAAGAAAUACAGACUGAGGAAACCCAGCCACAACUGGUGACCUCUGUUCUUGAGGAACGUUCUAAAUUUUUAUAUAACAUUGAGUUCAUCAGACCUGAGAAGCAAGGAAUGGAAGCCAAAGAGAGACUAGGUAGCACACAGGAUGUCAAAAGUUUUUCUCUUGAUUUUAAAGACUUAAAGAAAUGUUUUGAAGGGAGUCCUGAACUAAUGGAGAAAGAAGAAAACUUCUCAGAGAACUGCAUCUCUGAUAUGAAUAGGAGAUACAAUGGAGAAGACACAGUUGACAUGGAAGACAAAGGAGAACAGGCUCAGAAACCAUCUCACCAAACAAACCCUUCCAGCAAUAUUGGCAUGAAAGAAAAGAAAGACCAGACCUUGGAACUAUAUGAACCAAAUGAGAAGAAUUUCUCAUGUGAAAAAAUAGGAGCUGAAAAUGUGCAAUAUGCAUACUCUCAGAAUUUUUUUUGGUCAGAUGAAGAGAAGUGUCCACUAAAAUUACUGUUUCCUAUGAAGGAGAGGGUUAUGUGUGUAAGCAAACUAUUCCUCCCAGGAAGUAGUUUUUAUGAGUGCUUCUGUCAUCUGUCACCACUUGAAACCUGUAAUGAAUGUAAUGUGAAAAUAUCUGUACUGGAAAAAGCAGUGGCUGUGUGUUCUCAGAGGAUAUUUCUAUUCAUGCAAGAGAAUGAAAAUUACUCCAAAAAAGUCUGUAUAUUAAAACAGGAGAAUGAGAGAUAUGCUCAGAUGAUGUGUGCCCUGGAAGAGGAGAUGGAUGCGUAUUUUCAGUACAUUUUAGCAGUAGAUGAAGCUAAAGUUGUUUCAUUCCAAAACUUACUUAAUGAGAAAGAGGUUUCUGGUGGAUGUUAUAAUAAAUUAUCAGAAGAAAACACCAUGACCCCAGGAACAUUUUUAGUUGAAACUUUCUCUAAGAACCUCCCAUGCAUUGAAGAGAAAAAUAGGAAUUCUGAAAAAGACUGGUCUACAAUUGCAUCAAAUAAACUUUCCAGGAGUGCUCUAUCCACGAAGGGAAGGAAAAUGAGGUAUUUCCAGCUACUUUCUGACCUGAAAGAAGAAAGAAGUAGAUGCUUCAAAGAAAUAGCUAAAUUAUUACAAGACAAGGAGAACUAUGUAGCAAAAUAUAAUGAAUUAAUACAGGAGAGAGAGGAAAAUUUACAAAGAAUAACUCUUUCAGAGGGUGAAAAAAAAACAUUGUUGGGACAUUUAGCAGAGAUAAAGUGUGAGCAAGACAAAUAUAAGACCUUGGUUUCAGAACUCCAAGAUUGCAAAACCAGCUGUUAUCAAAAAAUUUCUAAUUUACAGGAGGAAAAAUAUGUACUGAAAAGAGAGAUAGACAGAAUCAAAAAAGAAACUUCAGAACAGCUCAGUGAGUUUCAGAAAGCAAAUGCAAACUUUAUUUUAGAAAAUAAAAAAUUGAAGGAAUUAGUGUCUUCUUUGGGUUUCUCCUAUGAAGAGCUGAGAAAAGAGAAAAGUUUAGGAACAGAGAAAAAGAUAGUAAUACUAAAAGAAGAAAGUCUGCAAUAUGCUCUUAAGCCAAAGAAAGUUGAAACAGUGUGUAGUGCAACGCAAACUGACGAAAAAGGAGUUCUGGUUAUAAGUCCUUCAAGCUAUUUCCCUGGGAAAGAGGGUAGCGCAUUUGAAAGCUACAGCACGAUGAAAGAGCAGGUUGAAAAGGCAAAAGAAGAAUUAAAGAUACAGCAAAAGGAAUUAGAAAAAUCAAAAAAAGAGGCUCAGAAGUGGUACAGGGAACUUGGUUUUGCUGAAACAAGGUAUGAAGAAAUCAAGACUCGUUUGACGCAGGUUCUCGCAGAAUUAGAUCUCCUUAAACAAGAAGCUGGGGACAAAAUGCUGGGAAAGCAGCACUGCACAUUAAAGCCUGUAUACAGUGUGAAAGAUUCCCAGGAAAAGGAGGUGAAUAAAAUAGCCAAUAUGAGAUUACAGCAGCAAGUGCUGACCUUGAAAGCUCAGCUCAGGGACCAGGCUGCAUUAGAAAAUCAGUUUUACGACCUGCAGAACGAAGUGGAACUCCUUAAGGCUCAGCUAUGUGAAAAGGAAAAAGAACUUCAGAAGAGAAAGUCUGAAGUGAAGUUGACAUUAGCUCCUCUGAAGGCUAAGCUGGCUUGCCUCACCCGAAAGUGCCAAGAAAGGAACAGCUUCAUUAUGAGGAUGCAUGGUGAAUUGCACAGGCAUGGAAUUAUUAACUCUGCAUUUGAUGAAGAGCUGAAAAGCUUGGUGAAUGAUGUGACCCUGGCAGAGUACACGGUCGCUUUUACACCAGUGUGUGAUCAAGAGAUGCUGCCUUUUUCCACAGACAUUUCACGGGCUAAUGGACAGCCAGUGAUUCACAAAACACCUGCCAAAGUGAAUGGGAUGACUGGGUCAAUACCUGCAAACUCUCAGCAAGAGGCAGAUAGCACCCACAGUUCACACAUCACUUCAAACGCGUAUGCUGGUUCUCCUAUCAAAUUAACAAGCCCGGAGAGGAUCAUAGGCCUGCAUCGAGAACUGAGACAAAACCAUUGCAGAACUUACCAGAUGCCUUCAGCUGUGUCCUCCAACUCAAAUCCACAGGCUGAUCGCAACUUGCCCAUGAUCCAUAAGGAAGCCCCUUGGCCUCUGCUGCCAAGGAUGAGGGAUGCACUGGUGCCUCUGGAGCGUGGUGUCUUCUUGGCCACGAAGGGGAGGGAUCGGUUGUCGAAACGUGAUGAUGUAUUUUGGGGUCAAAUAGGAAAUCAGCAUGCAGGUGCCACUCCCCAGGGAACGAAACAGGAAAGUGCCAUUAUGAAUAAGGCAUGGCCCUCUAGAGAAAAAACAGAUGGCUCAACCUCAGCUACCACAGCAAAAAGCUAUUUGUCAGACGUGUUGUCAGCAAGUAAUAAAGGUCGAAAUCCUGUGGGGAGAAAUCAGCUGCACGGGAAAGAAUAAAACCUGCAGAAAUAAAACAAGCACCCUGGAAAUCCUCAGUUUCACAAAUUAUUGUCUGAGGUUACUACAGGCCAGGGUAAAGGAAAUUGGAAAAAAAGAGAGUCUCCGCUUGUCAACCCUUUAAAACUGUGGAUGAAUUUGCCAGUUGGAUCAGUCUACAUUAUUUAACACUGGGAAGAGGCAGCCUGAUGUUUGGUUCAGAGAGAUGAUGAUGAAUUAAGAUGCUGCAAUAUGACUUUCAAUGCUGAAUACAAGGAAAGAAUGUAUCAGUCACACAGAAGAAGCAGUAGAGCUCUGAAGGACUGAUGAAAUGUGCUUUGCCCUGGUGGUGCCUGCAGCUGCUACGUUAUAUGAAAAAAAUGAGAAGUUGCCCUGAAUUUACCAUCUGCGAUGUUUUAGCCAGCUCCUGUAGUGGAAGCUGGCCAUGUGGGCCAACCCAAUGCAUGGUUUGAGACUGAGUGUCAUUUUGUUUUCUUGGGAUCUCAGCAUUUGCAUUUUAAAGCAAUUACCAAGUUAAGCACAAUCUCUGUGCUCAUGGGUCUGCCUGCAUGGGCAUGUAAUAUCUUCAGCUUGGUAUGGCUUUGAGCAUUCCUGAAAGAGCCUUUGAUCUGAGUUGGGAUGUUUAGUAUUUCUGAGGACGCAAUACUUGAGGGUACAAACUGUUUAGCAAAUGAGACAGAAUGGCAUUUUUACAAGGGUAAGUAGGAAUUGGGAAUGUACUUCAUGUGCGCUGAGAAGCACUUGGAACAUCAAAGUGCUGUGUUCUAAUACUCUGAGUAUUUCAACCGCAUGAAUAGGCCACCCUGAAUUUAACUUUCAGAAAAGGCGUUGGCAAGCGUACAUGCUUUUCCUGAAAUAGGUGGGUUUGGUUUGUGCACACUGGCUGGUAAUAGGACACAUGAUGCAAACACAUUUUGCAAUCACACUGCAGGUUACACACCCAUAACCACUACUAUUCACCUCCGAGUACCAUUUGUGAAGGCAGGGAGAUGUGGAUGUAGGCACAAGACUUGUGGUGGAUAAGGGGUUGUAUGUGCACAUCAAUCCAUUCAGUAACUAAAGGCACACAGCACUAAGUCAGUGGCAAUACUCCUGCUGACCUGAACAGCAGCAGCCACGGGUGCUGCUCUCAAACUGCCUCUUACGUUGUGAUGCACUUUCAGUUUUGACUACUGUUUUAUGACUUGUAUUUUCAGUUUUAUUUUUUUUUAAUGUUGAGCUAACUGCUCGGAUGGGCUGUCUUCGCAAUACUUAGUUGCCCAACAAUUACAGAUAUCCUUUGAAAGGAAGCAGAAGAAUAAUAAACCAUGGAAUCCCAAAUCAGAUUAAUAUAAUGUGCAUUUCUAGAUUACGAUUAGUAACAAGAUAACACGUUGUCAUGGUAACGCUUGAAGCUUAAAUACAGGUUCCUAAAAUAAAGCAAUGACAUGUGUAGGUUUCCAUCCAUUUGCAUACUAUCCACCUGAAAAUAAUUUCUACAAUACUCAGGCAAUUAAACCCUACUUUUUCCUUCUGAGUUAAGUGUUGAACUUAAAUAUCAUGCCUCUUUCCUAGUAUUUAUGCAUAAUCUCCUACCAUAAAUUAUAAAUGUUGAUAAAGAAGCUGUCCAUUUUGUAACAUCUUAGGAUUUCUGCCUUUUGGUUUCAUUUUAGAAAAAUUAGCAUAAGUAAUGUAGAACACACUUUAUUCUUUAUGGUUGGUACCACAUUGAUGGCCUUGAAAUUCUACCACCUCCUAAUAUGAAAAAUGUCUCACUGAUAUUGGAAAAGUCUGUUUAUUAAUUAAAUUGAUAGACCAGUGGGUGCAUUUCAUGUGGCUGAGGAUUGGGAAUUAAAAUCCCAACUUUUCCUCAAAUCACUGUAAGAAAGCAGUAAACUUUCAAUGUCAAAUUGCUAGCUAAGAUGGAGAGCCUAGCUAUUAUUUUCUAGUUGCCUUACAGUGAAAAGUGUUGUCUAUUUGUUAUAGAGUCUGACUUUCUUUCACUAAGCAGAAGUUUACUUGUUUAAUGUGCUGUCUAUGGUAAAGGUGCCAGGAGAUGCACUACAUGUAUUGUCAUUUUGUGUUGAACUUUCACAGAAUGCAAAAUUGGGCACAUUGCUCUGAUUGCUUUAUAUGCACAAUACUGCUUUGACCAUAUUCUUUAGUCAAAAUUAAGAUGCUGCAAAGUUCUUUCUAAGUAAAUACGAUCUUCUUCUGUCACCCUAAAUAGACAAAAUAGGCAGUGUUACAUGGAAAAUAUGAUUUCUUUGGCAGUUCACUUAUAUAUACUGUACUGUAGAGACCACUGGAGGAUAUUGAAAAUAUAGCUUACAGGUUGCUCUUUAUGCGACCUUUAAAUCCCAAAUUCUGUUCUUCACACUUCUGUAGAUGGCAAAUGCUGAAAGUAAAAUGAUUGCCUCUGGCAUGAUAAUCAUGUUACAUUCAGAAUAAUACAGUUGCUGGGAUAUAUUUCAUAUACACAGCAGAGUUUCUAGGAUAAACCUCCUGCUAAGGCAUGGCUGAUGUUUGUCCUUGUGGCCUUUUGAAUAGUGGAAAGUCUGAUUUGUGUUUCGUAAAUCUGCCUGUAUUUCUCACAUGCAGAUGAAGGUUUUUAGUAUUUGAAUUUACUGUUGUUGUGGGGUGGAGGGAGGGACAUGUGCAUGUUGGGGUUUGCCACUAAUCCUUUGGAAAUCCUUUAGUGCCUUAAGGAGGCAGAGGGGGAACAGACCUUAGGAUUACAGAAACUUGUUCAAACCUCUUUCUUGCUUUAGCAGAAUUCCUUUAAAAUAUAUUGUGCCUUUGGCUCCAAAUAUAUUUGCAUUAGAAAUCAGUAGCCAUGGGAUUACGGACAGGACUUCUUGCCCUUGUACAAAUGUUAGGAGAGAGAGCAUACUGUUUCUUAUAUAGGAUGUGAUUUAAAAAUACAGCUUACUUAAAUUCUACUGUUGAGAUCCAUGAAUACUAGGAAAGUUGUAAGUUGCAGUUAAAGUCAUGGGGAAAAAAAAAAAAAAGAAAAGGAGAAAGUUUAAAUAUACUAGAUGAAAUGCUUGUGCCACUGAAGUGACUGGCAAAUUUCCACUGGCUUCCCUGGGACCAACCAAUAUUUCAUGCUUGCUUCUACUUGGCUUAAGAAAUUCUCACAUGUGAUAGACACAUGGGCAUCAUGCUGUCUUUAACAUAGUUUAUGCACAUAUGGGAGGAAAAGAGAGAUUAGUAGUUGUGGAGACCUGCCUUGAUUUGGAGUUGUUUGGAUCUAUGGUAUAAAUCUCUGUUCACUGUUGUUUCUCUGUGUAACAUAGACUCUUGCUAUGGGAAUAUGAAUAUGCAAAUGUAAAUUCCAAUGCUGUGCAGUGUGCACUAACCAAUGCCAAACAACUACAUUUCUCUACUCUCUGAACUCUGGUCUUUUUGAAAAAAGAGAAAACGUAGCUAACUGAUGAAAACCACUCCUGUGCCAAAAAAGCCUGCGUGAGGCAAUUCAUGGUCCUAAGCGGCUCUUAGGAGAAAUUGAAUAAGCUUUUAGCUCAUGAGUGAAUUUUAUCUUCAAGGAAUUAAGAGCGAUUUGC